CGGCGUGGUGUGGAAUCGGGACGGCGUCGUGAAGGAGACAACCCCCAGCGCGGCUCAACGUCGUCCACGUGGCUCCUAUAUCCUUUCGCCCGACACCAUCGUAAUAAUAAGAGAGAAAAAGCAAGCUCCGCCUCUUGCCCUAGCUGCAACUCCGAGGUUUAUGUAUAUAUAUAUACAUUCCAUAUAGCUGUUUCUCAUUAGGCAGAAGAUAUGGCUGGUGCUUUGGUCCAGUCAGCUAUUCUUCCUGUUCAAGUUGUGAGCAGAACCUGUGAACAGCUGAAAGGCUCUGGGAAGACUAGAAAGGCUGCCAAAAUGAUGUGCAACUUGAGAUCGCACGCACUGAGAUUGCAAGCUUUUGCAGGCUUGCGGGGGGCAAAUAAUUUGGAUUUGCUGUCCAGGUCUAGACAGGAUUUUCAUUCUUUGGUAUCAGCUUAUAUCUCUGCUCCACAGGGCAAGGCUUGUCGAGGAGUCCCUGUAGCCAUGUUUGAACGCUUCACAGAGAAGGCAAUCAAAGUAAUCAUGCUUGCACAAGAAGAAGCAAGGCGGCUAGGCCACAAUUUUGUUGGGACAGAACAAAUAUUGUUGGGUCUUAUUGGUGAAGGGACUGGUAUUGCUGCAAAAGUUUUAAAAUCAAUGGGUAUAAAUCUUAAAGAUGCCCGUGUGGAAGUUGAAAAGAUCAUUGGAAGGGGCAGUGGUUUUGUUGCUGUUGAAAUACCAUUUACACCACGUGCCAAGCGAGUUUUGGAACUGUCGCUUGAGGAAGCUCGCCAGCUCGGUCAUAACUAUAUAGGAUCUGAGCACUUGCUUCUUGGGCUGCUGCGGGAAGGUGAGGGUGUAGCUGCUCGUGUGCUUGAGAGUCUUGGAGCUGAUCCAAGCAAUAUCCGUACACAGGUCAUUAGGAUGGUUGGUGAAAGCACAGAAGCCGUUGGUGCUGGGGUUGGAGGAGGAAGUAGUGGCAAUAAGAUGCCCACACUUGAGGAGUACGGAACAAAUUUGACAAAGUUAGCGGAGGAGGGAAAACUAGAUCCAGUUGUUGGCCGGCAGGAGCAAAUAGAACGUGUUACUCAAAUUCUGGGAAGGCGGACGAAGAACAAUCCCUGCCUGAUUGGAGAGCCUGGUGUUGGAAAGACGGCCAUUGCAGAAGGACUUGCUCAACGCAUAGCAAAUGGGGAUGUUCCAGAAACUAUUGAGGGAAAGAAGGUCAUUACCCUUGAUAUGGGACUCCUUGUUGCUGGUACAAAAUAUCGUGGAGAAUUUGAAGAAAGAUUAAAAAAGCUGAUGGAGGAAAUAAAGCAAAGUGAUGAGAUAAUACUCUUUAUUGAUGAGGUACACACAUUAAUUGGAGCAGGCGCAGCAGAGGGUGCAAUAGAUGCUGCUAAUAUCUUAAAACCAGCUCUUGCAAGAGGUGAACUACAGUGUAUUGGAGCCACAACACUCGAUGAAUACAGGAAGCACAUUGAGAAGGAUCCUGCUCUGGAAAGACGAUUUCAGCCAGUAAAAGUACCAGAGCCGACAGUUGAUGAAACAAUUCAGAUUCUGAAAGGGCUUCGUGAACGCUAUGAGAUUCACCACAAACUUCGUUACACAGAUGAGGCUUUAGUGUCUGCUGCUCAAUUGUCACAUCAAUACAUUAGUGACCGCUUCCUUCCUGAUAAAGCAAUUGACUUGAUUGAUGAAGCUGGUUCUCGUGUGAGGCUACGCCAUGCACAGCUUCCUGAGGAGGCCCGAGAACUUGACAAAGAGCUCAGGCAGAUCACCAAGGAGAAAAAUGAGGCUGUCCGUAGCCAAGAUUUUGAGAAGGCUGGGGAGCUUCGUGAUCGGGAGAUGGAACUGAAGGCGCAGAUAUCAGCUCUGAUUGACAAGGGUAAAGAGAGAAGCAAAGCAGAGAGUGAGGCAGGUGAUGCAGGCCCAAUUGUGACAGAAGCAGACAUACAACACAUUGUGUCUUCAUGGACCGGAAUCCCAGUUGAGAAAGUCUCGAGUGAUGAGUCAGAUCGCCUCCUUAAGAUGGAAGAGACUCUCCACAAGCGUGUUAUUGGCCAGGACGAGGCUGUCAAAGCCAUAAGUCGUGCCAUCCGCCGAGCCCGUGUUGGUCUCAAGAAUCCCAACCGGCCAAUUGCCAGCUUCAUAUUUUCUGGGCCAACUGGUGUUGGAAAAUCAGAGCUGGCAAAGGCACUGGCUGCUUACUACUUUGGCUCUGAGGAAGCCAUGAUCAGAUUAGACAUGAGUGAGUUCAUGGAAAGACACACAGUCUCUAAACUCAUUGGCUCACCUCCUGGUUAUGUCGGGUACACCGAGGGUGGGCAGCUAACUGAAGCAGUUCGCCGUCGCCCCUAUACUGUUGUCCUCUUUGAUGAGAUAGAGAAGGCUCACCCUGAUGUCUUCAACAUGAUGCUUCAAAUUUUAGAGGAUGGGAGGUUAACAGACAGUAAGGGACGAACUGUGGAUUUCAAGAACACCCUGCUGAUUAUGACGUCCAAUGUCGGAAGCAGCGUGAUCGAGAAGGGAGGGCGUAGGAUAGGAUUUGAUCUUGACUACGAUGAGAAGGACAGCAGCUAUAACCGAAUCAAGAGCCUGGUUACGGAGGAAUUGAAGCAGUAUUUCAGGCCCGAAUUCUUGAAUAGGUUGGAUGAAAUGAUCGUGUUCCGGCAGUUGACAAAGCUUGAAGUAAAGGAAAUUGCUGAUAUAAUGCUGAAAGAGGUGUUUGAGAGGCUGAAGGCUAAGAACAUAGAACUUCAAGUUACAGAGAGAUUUAGAGACAGGGUGGUGGAGGAAGGUUAUAGCCCAAGCUAUGGAGCAAGGCCCUUGAGGAGGGCCAUAAUGAGGCUCUUGGAAGACAGCUUGGCAGAGAAGAUGCUUGCUGGAGAGAUCAAAGAGGGAGACUCUGCCAUUGUGGACGUCGACUCUGAUGGGAACGUUACAGUCCUUAAUGGUGCAACUGGUGUACCAGAGUCCCCAGCUAUUCCUGUAUAAAGUGUAAUAAUCGACGUACCAUUUAAUCGUUGAGCAUUUCAUGUUAAUGUACUUCAUCUAGGUAGAGGCUACGAUGAUCCAGCAGCAGCAGUCCAAUCAUCUUAUUUGCUGGUUUUAAGUUUGCAACAGCUUACAGCAUACAGCCCCAUGAACAUAGUCGGAGUAAUUAAAGUGUGAGGUUAGUGCACCAAGAAGAGAGAAUUAGUUUGACUUACACAGACUCAAAGUGAGCUAUUUCUGUUCUUUAUCAAAAUUGUGUACUUUCUGUGAUAUUAUUUUCCCGCUUUUCAGUUUCUGUGUACAAACUGGCUGGAUUUUAUGCAACCUAGCUUGUAAUCCAUGGUGAGACCUAGAUGUGGGUCUAUUGCCUGACAUUUUAUUCACCGCUGGGAAAUUUGUCAUUGAUCAGUUAAUCUUCCAGGAGGAGAUG